AGGAGCAGAAGGACCUCCCAUACACCCUGCUCCUAUAUCCUCCCAUUUCUCUGCAACACCCAGCUUGACUUGCCCAGUUGACAGCAUUUAGACACAGUGUUGGAAGGGUGAAGGUCCAUUUUGCCAAGGGAAAGAAGAGCAGUUCAGCUGAAUUUUAGCUGUUGGGCUUCCUGUUUGAAGAAAAUAUGUGUGUUGAACAACUAUAGGAAAAAGCCUGCAGAACAGAACAGUUACAAAUGGAAAAGGCAACCACUAAAAAAAAUGAGGAAUCAUAUUCGUAUCAGCAUAUUGAACAGUGGACAAAAGAACAAGUCAAACAAUGGGCAACUGAAGUAGCUAAGAUUGACCAGGAACAUGCAGAAAUCCUGUUUCACCAAGCUGUGACUGGCUUUGCUUUGAAGAGGAUGACUAAAGCAGAUCUUGUGGAAAUGGGUAUGCCUCAUGGGCCUGCUUUUCAGAUCAUGUGCGUCCUGAAAGAGCUUGACAUUCUAGGUAAGGGUUCAAACCAGGCUGUGGAACAAGAAGGCACUGAAGAGAGUUUUGAUGGAGGAGGAAAAGAUGGAGAAAUGGCAAAGAAAGAGUGCAAGAAGAACUGUGAAUCACUUAAUUCCAGUAUACUGAAGGAUUCUAAGAUGAAGCCCAUAGAAGACACAAAAGCAAGCAAAGCUGGCAAAAAGAAUGAAACAGAUGAGCCACUGUCAAGCAGCCAGCAGCCAGCUGGAAAGAUGUGUAUGCCACAUCCUUUUGAUAAUUUCAGUGAUGGUAGUCGAUAUAAGCAGUAUAAUAUUCUUAAUGUCCCUGAAACAGGGGCAUCCAAUCUCAUGGAUCCAGCACACGAAUUCAAAUUAUUUACCAACACUGAGAAUGCACAGGAAGAUGAAAUCUUGAUGAAAUUUAGCAAUGAAGCAUUUCGAUUUGCUGCAGCCUGCAUGAACUCCCGCACAAAUGGCACUAUUCAUUUUGGAGUACAUGACAAUCCACAUGGGAAAAUAGAAGGAAUAAAAGUUACCAACAAAGAAGUAUACAUUAAGCAUUUUAAUAUACACAUCAAAAAGUACUUUAAUGACCCCUACACCAUCAUUGCAAAAUAUUGCAUUAGACCACCUAGAUUUGUGGAAGUAUUAUUACAAAAUGGAACUUCAGCAGAUCUCUUUGUCAUUGAAAUAGAUGUGGUUCCCCAACACAGCUUCUGUGAUACAAAAUAUUUCUGCACCAACACAUAUGAAUAUAAGAGUAAGAGUUGGAAAAAAGCUAUUUUCAUCCGGGAUGGAGCUAGUUCCACAAAUAUUUACAAUACAAAAGAAUGCGAAAAAUUUAAAGGUUCCUUGACAACUUUAGCAGAACGUCGUAGAAGAGCAGAAGAAGAGCAUAACUUUAAGCCAAAGAAGUCACCAAAGGAAGGACUAAAGCUAGUUAGUCUGCUCACGGGUAACAGGGACUCACUAGAGAACUCUUAUUAUAACUACUACAUUUUGGUAACAAACAAGUGCCUCCCAAAUCAAACUUCAGACUUAGACUUUUUACAUGAAAUAAAAUGGUUUGCUGUGCUUGACUUUGAUUCUGAAUCAGAAAUGAAUGGUGUGUUUAAGACUUACCAAAAACAUCGAAAUGCCAAACUUUACUUCCCAGAUUACUAUGAACACAUGGGGGGUUCCGUUUCUGAACAAGCUAAAAGGCUAAAACUACGUCAGGAGACCAACUGGAUUUUAUGCAAUGGUGGAUCAGACUUCAAAGGCAAUAAUGAGCUACCACUGGAUUCGACUUUAUGGCAACGAGACAGAGCUGCUGGUGUCAGAAAAAUGAUUUCCUUUCUUUCACACAAAGAUGUAAAGCAGAAUGAAAAGUUUUUAAUAGUGUUUCUUUUGCUUUCCAUAGUAGAAGAUUCAGUAGAUCCCCUUACUGAAACUUUUAUGACAUUUUACCAAGAAUUAAAGGGACUACAAGAUAUGGUCUGCAUUUGCAUAGGUACAGGUACACACCAGCGAUGGAAAGAUCUUCUUCAAGCUAGAGGCAUCCAUGAGGAAGCACUCUCAAAGAAAUGUAUUUCUACUCUAACCCUGGAAAUGGUAAAUGGUACCAUCAUAAAACUAGCGUCAGACAUGCAAUCUUCUGAAAGACUUCUGCCCUCUGUUGAUCAUUCUACUGUUCGUCUUCUAAAGAGCAAAGAAGAUUCCAUGGCAGGAUUAGAAAUACUUUGUGAAAAUGAAUGCAAAGACACAGAAAUAGAAAAGGAUACAGAUAGAUUUCAAAAUUUCCUGAAAGAGCGGGAAGAAGAAUUUUAUCGAGGUGGUAAAGUAUCGUGGUGGAAUUUCUACUUUUCAGAAGAAAACUAUACUUCAGAUUUUAUCAGAAGGGACAGUUAUGAAAAGCUUGAAGGCCUAAUCAUGUCUUCAUCUGACAGUGCUAAUGACUCACCUGUAAAAAUUAUCAACAUUUACCACCACCCAGGAUGUGGUGGGACAACAUUAUCUAUGCAUAUCCUUUGGAAUUUACGGAAGCAAUUCAGAUGUGCUGUUCUGAAAAGUAAACCACAUGAUAUUGGAACACAGGUGACAACUUUACUCACCUGUGGAGCAAAUGACAACACAGGUUAUUUACCAGUGUUACUUCUUGUGGAUGAUUUUGAAGAGCAAGAAAAUGUCAAUGUUCUGCAGAAAGAAAUUCAGACAGCUAUAACAGAAAAAGGCAUUCGGUAUGUAAAACCUUUAGUGGUAAUUCUAAACUGUAUGAGAUCUCAAAAUCCUGAUGAAAGUUCGACCAUCAAUUUCUUGAACAGUGUUUCUUUAAAACAAAUGCUUUCUGAAAAAGAGCAAAGGGCCUUUGACCAGAAACUAGAAUAUAUUGAAAAGGUGCAUUCAAAUUCUGCCAAUUUCUAUUCAUUUAUGAUUAUGAAGAAAAACUUUGAUCCACAGUAUAUAGAAAAAGUGGUAAAAAAUACCUUGCAUGACUUAGAUACUGCCUCUAAACCAGCACAACUUGUUUGCUAUCUAACUCUGUUAAACUCGUAUUUAACAACAUCUAUGAUUUCACUAUCACUAUGCGAAGAAUACUUAGGAAUUAAUUCUCGAGACACAGGCUGCAAUAAACUAAUAGAAAAGAUGGGAAUUUGUUCCAAUAUCCUAAUAUCUGAUCAGGCACAUAAACAUAUGAGAUACAAAGGUCUUCGUAUCGUUCAUCCGUUGAUAGCAUCUCACUGCCUAACAGAAUUGAAACUAACCUAUGGCUUGUCUAAAAGUGAAAUUACAUCAAAGCUGUUGAAAGAAGAUUUAUUGUUAAAGGAAGACAAACUUGUUCGUGAUAUACAAACCCUGCUGAUUACUAGGCAGCGCAAAGAGCAUGGUGAUGAGUCUGACACAUCAUUUUCCCCCUUAAUUGAAGCCAUUCAUAAGGAGGAAAAGCGUGGUGAUGUGGAACGUGUGUUAGAACAAGCAUCUGCUAGAUUUGAGCAAAAUGUUUACAUUUGCCAAGCCCUAGCAAGGUUCUACAUUAAAGAAAGGAAAUUUGACCUUGCAUUGCACUGGGCCAAAGCAGCCAAAGAAAGAGCACAACACAAUUCAUACAUAUCAGACACACUAGGUCAAGUGUUUAAAGGUGAGCUAAGAGACUGGGUAGAGUGCAAAGAAAAGAGUGCAGCCCUGACAGCUGGGAAACUGGACAACCUGCUAGAGCUUGCUGAGAAUGCUUCACAGGCUUUCCAAGAAUCUCAGAGGCAAGCUGAAAAUGCAGUCAAUGAACAAUAUUUGCAGAAUCAAAAACUUAAAAGGAAGUUUCAAGUAUACAAUACUGCUGGCUAUCAGGGAGAAAUAGAAACUGGUCUUUAUGUUAUUGAUGUCCUUUGGCAUGUUCCUUUUUUCAGCAAAAAAGACUCACACUGUAGAAAAAGCAUGACAAAUUAUCUGUCAGGAAAUAGUGUUUUGAAUGUAGAAAACUCCAGUGAAGACAGUGAAAUGUUCAAGGUUCUUAGACGUUAUUCCAGCUUUUUGUGUCAUUUGCGAUCAAGGUUGAAAAGGGCAUUUGACUUUUUUGAAGACUACUUUGUGCUUUUCAAAACACAGACCAGAGAAAAAGAAAUGGUAGAAGCAAAGUUGUAUGGGAAGGUUCAAGAAUGUUUUACCAAAUACACAGAAAUAUUUUGUGAUUUCAGUUUUGAACAACUGAAAAAUAAACAGGACUCAGAGUGGUCCAUUUCUCAGUAUAUAGAAGCAUACAGGGAUGCUGUGGAAGCUUCCAAAGCACACUCAUUUUCCGGCAUUUUGAAUUACCUUCACAGAAACCACAGAAAUGCUGACAGAGAAAUAGAAGACAUAGUAGGAGCAUAUGCAAUUUUGUGUGAGAAGGAUAAACAAGCAACUCAGAAAGACAAACAGAAUUUGAUUUUGGCAAAUAUUGUUCUUAACUGCAUUAAACCUAAAUCUGCCAAGUUACGUGGUCCUAAGGAGUUGAAGAGUCUGCUUCUAAGCAUUCUGCAGGAAGUGAAACAAACGUGUGUAGAGCCUUUCUUCCUAGCCUCCUUGUUGUUCUGGCCCCAAAAUAAAAAACAACUAAAUGAAGAUUCCGGGAAAAUGCAAACUUUUGUUCAACGCUUAAGUGAGUCUUUCAAAGAGGCAAAGGCUCUUUUUUAUCUGGCAAAAGGCAAAGGUUUGAACAGAUUUGUUCACAAAGGAAAAAUAGAUCAGCUUUUUAGUUCACUUCCAGAACAGGAACUGAAUUCCCUUUGGCAGAGUGGAAAUAUCUGGAAGAAUCAGGCUGUUCAAGAUCUUUUGCUUCUUUUGGUUGGAAAAGUUGAGGAUAACCUUAUCUACAUAGACUGUGGUAGAAAUGAAAACGUCAGGAUACCAGUGCAACCUGUUCCCUCAGGCCUAGUGAAAAAUGACCCAAACAUAGAAAGAGUGUCUUUUUACCUUGCGUUUUCUGUUGCUGGUCUCCUGGCAUACAACAUACAAAGCCUGUCAUUAAAACAAUAAGUAUUUCAGUUUCUUAGUCAUAAGACUUUUUCAGUAAAAAUUAUCCUUUAACUAGUGUUUGGGUUGGGGUUUUUUGGCUUUUUUUUUUUUUUUUUGGUCAGUAAUCACAAAUCACAACCUCUCUGUUGUAUUUCCUUCCUCACUAUGUUAGUCUUCCAGUUCCAUGCAGAAUUAUCUCUACUGUCAUAACUGCUGUUCAGACAGUCAAUCAAAUGGAAGUGUUGGUGCAGUUAGUUCUGCAGACUGGUCACUAUUGCUCAAAGUUCUUCAGUUGAUAACAACAUGAAAAAUCAUAAGGGGAAGAAAAAGGGAAUUCUGAAUAAAAUAAUAUUCUGGAAAUGUUAUUUUUAAAUGCUAUUACUUUUGAGAACCUUACUGCUUUGCUAACUUUUUUGCCGUUGCUUGCAGGUGUCUCAACACGAUUUUCAUACUCUUGUAUAAGUAAUGUAAGAGCAAGGCAUAUAUGUUAGAAACCACAUAUCAUGUAACAUUUCCUGAUGUUCCAUUUUAUCUGUUGUUAUUUUGGCACAAGGGUAAUGUGAAAGGCCAUUCAAUUGCAAAGCAGUGGGAUUUUUUCUGUUGUUUAUGUACAUGCUUGACUGUAAUGCUUUUGUAUAUGAGACUGUAUGAAGAGCCAAAACAUACAUCUUGUGGGAGGACAGAAGCUUUGGUCUCCAACUUACCCAGAGCAUUUCUAAAUAUGUGAUUAUUAAAGAUACCGCUACUUUCUGCUGUAUUACAAAAACACCUACCAUUUGGAAUCUGAUGUCCAUAUUAAGUAGAUUUUAUUCUGUUACAGUGGGUCUGUUUCUGCUCUAUAUAAAAUUGAUCCAGUUUGGUCAUUCCUUUACUUACAAGUUUCAUUAGUUUCUUCAGGUGAUAGAUUUCACAUCAACUUUGAUCUUUGCAAAAACCAGGAAAUUUAAAUGCUUAAAUUGGCCAUUGAUUGCAUUGCCUUCCUCAUAUGUAUAAAACUGCCUGCUAUGUUUAGACACAAGUAACUUUAAAAAAAAAAAUUAAAAUAUAUUGGUGUGAAGCACCAGAACCAAGAAGUUACUACUGCUACUUCUACUGUCUAUGUGCAUAUGAUUCAUGAAAAUCAGUGGAGUUCAAUGCAAUUAACUGCCUGAAACAGGUCUGCAGGACAACUCUUUCUUCACCCCACAAGUCUUCUUUGCUCUUCGGGAGCCAGACAAAAACAAGUGACAUCUUGAUAGACUCGUAAAAACAAUUUGACAAAUAGAAUAAAGCAGCAGACCACUCUGCACUAUUGCAAUUGGCAAUAAACUGUCAAACUCCCCAGGUCAAGACUGUUCUGCCUGCAAGAUUUGUACAUCUACUAAUAACCCUUGGGAUCUAGUACAGUAUAUUACAUGCUAAACACUGCACUCUAUACCUAUCUUAGUUUACAGAACUAGAGAUUUUAUUAUUUGUAUACAGUAGUCUGCUUGUUAUAAAAUUGUAUUUUUAGCAGUAGUCCAAUAAUAAAUGCAGAUGUUUGAUAGCAAUCUUA